UAAGGUCUGAGAGCAACUGGGAGCUGUUGAGGCCACCCCGGUGGUGGCACCAGACUGCUUUCAGGCAGGCGGACCCCAGGGCCUUCCCCACAACCCACGCUGUCCAUGGAUUUUGUUGCUGGAGCCAUCGGAGGCGUCUGCGGUGUUGCUGUGGGCUACCCUCUGGACACGGUGAAGGUCAGGAUCCAGACGGAGUCCAGGUACAUGGGCAUCUGGCACUGCGUCUGGGACACGUAUCGCCGAGAGCGGCUGUGGGGCUUCUACAGGGGUCUCUCGCUGCCCGUGUGCACCGUGUCCUUGGUCUCCUCCGUGUCUUUCGGCACCUACCGCCACUGCCUUGUGUAUGUCUGCCGCUUCCGGUACGGCAGCGCCGAUGCCAAGCCCGCCAAGACUGACGUCACCCUCUCGGGAUUCGCCUCUGGCCUAGUCCGCGUGUUCCUGACCUCGCCCACCGAGGUGGCCAAGGUCCGCCUGCAGACGCAGACCCAGACCCAGAUGCAGACCCAGACGCAGAGGCAGCAGCGGCGCCCCUCGGCCUCAGGGCCCUCGGCUGCGCCCCCGCUGUGUCCUGCGGCCCCUGUAAGCCCGGAGCCUGGGCCCAAGUACCGCGGGCCGCUGCACUGCCUGGCCAUGGUGGCCCGUGAGGAGGGGCUGCUGGGCCUCUACCGGGGUAGCUCGGCCCUGCUCCUGAGGGACGGCCACUCCUUCGCCACCUACUUCCUGUCCUAUGCCCUCCUCUGCGACUGGCUCACCCCCACUGGCCACAGCCAGCCAGGUGUCCUGGGUGUGCUGGUGGCUGGUGGCUGCGCAGGGGUCCUGGCCUGGGCUGUGGCCACCCCCAUGGACGUGAUCAAGUCCCGCCUGCAGGCGGACGGGCAGGGCCAGCGGCGCUACCGGGGCCUCCUGCACUGCGUGGUGACCAGCGUGCGGGAGGAGGGGCCGCGGGUCCUCUUCAAGGGGCUGACGCUCAACUGCUGCCGCGCCUUCCCCGUCAACAUGGUGGUCUUUGUCGCCUACGAGGCCGUGCUGAGGCUCACCAGGGGCCUGCUCACAUAGCCAGUCCCAACGCCCCGGGCGCCCACCCGCCAGCAGCUUCCAGAGGUCACAGCAGCUGGAGGAGGCAAGGGGGAGCGUUGGGGGCUG